CCAUCCCUCUCACUCUCCAAACCCAACUCCACCAAUGGAGGCGAGCGCCGGACUCGUCGCCGGAUCCCACAACCGCAACGAGCUCGUCCUCAUCCGCGGGCACGAAGAGCCGAAGCCGUUGAAGGCGCUCAAUGGUCAGGUGUGUGAGAUAUGCGGCGACGAGAUCGGGUUGACCGUCGACGGGGAUCUGUUCGUGGCGUGCAACGAGUGCGGGUUCCCCGUUUGCCGGCCGUGCUACGAGUAUGAGCGACGGGAAGGAACUCAACUCUGCCCACAGUGCAAGACCCGCUACAAGAGGCUAAAAGGGAGCCCAAGAGUGGAGGGAGAUGAAGAUGAAGAAGAUGUGGACGACAUCGAACAUGAAUUCAAAAUGGAAGAAGAGCAAAGCAAGAAGCAGCAGCAACCUCUGCUAAACAAGCACAUCACUGAGGCGAUGCUCUAUGGGAAAAUGAGCUAUGGCAGAGGACCCGAAGAUGAAGAAAACAAUACUCAGUUCCCUCCCAUCAUAACCAGCUCGCUCUCUCGUCCGGUGAGCGGGGAGUUCCCCAUAACAAAUGCUAGCAACCAUGGAGACUUCUCAUCAACGCUGCACAAGCGUAUCCAUCCAUAUCCAAUGUCUGAGCCAGGGAGUGCAAGGUGGGAUGAGAAGAAAGAAGGUGGGUGGAAAGAAAGAAUGGAAGAGUGGAAAUCGAAACAAAACCUGCUUGGAGGUGAUCCAGAUGAAGUCGAUCCUGAGAUUGCCCUAAUGGACGAAGCGAGACAACCAUUGUCAAGGAAGGUGGCAAUAGCUUCAAGCAAGAUCAACCCCUACCGCAUGGUGAUCGUUCUCCGUCUCGUUGUUCUAGCAUUCUUCCUCCGGUACCGGAUCCUUCACCCGGUGGAGGACGCGAUCGGGCUCUGGUUGACCUCGAUCAUAUGCGAGAUUUGGUUUGCUAUCUCUUGGAUCCUCGAUCAAUUCCCUAAAUGGUUCCCCAUCGACCGCGAGACUUAUCUCGAUCGCCUCUCCCUCAGAUACGAGAGGGAAGGGGAGCCGUCGAUGUUAUCGCCCGUGGACAUCUUCGUGAGCACGGUGGAUCCGUUGAAGGAGCCUCCGCUGGUCACUGCCAACACUGUGCUCUCCAUCUUGGCUGUUGACUACCCAGUGGACAAGGUGUCCUGUUAUGUGUCGGACGAUGGAGCUUCGAUGCUCACAUUCGAGUCGCUCUCGGAGACAGCCGAGUUCGCCAGGAAAUGGGUUCCCUUCUGCAAGAAGUUCAACAUCGAGCCUCGAGCUCCGGAAAUGUACUUCUCGCAGAAAGUGGACUACCUCAAGGACAAAGUCCAGCCCACCUUCGUCAAGGACCGCCGAGUCAUGAAGAGGGAGUACGAAGAGUUCAAAGUUCGGAUCAAUGCGCUGGUGGCAAAAGCCAUGAAAGUGCCUACUGAAGGCUGGAUCAUGCAAGAUGGUACGCCAUGGCCGGGCAACAACACGCGGGAUCACCCUGGCAUGAUCCAGGUCUUCUUGGGACACAGCGGAGGCCAUGACACCGAGGGCAAUGAGCUCCCUCGCCUGGUCUACGUCUCUCGAGAGAAGAGACCGGGGUUUCAACAUCACAAGAAGGCCGGCGCCAUGAAUGCUCUGAUUCGCGUGUCCGCAGUUCUAACGAAUGCCCCAUUUAUGCUCAACUUGGACUGCGACCACUACAUCAACAACAGCAAGGCCGUGCGAGAGUCCAUGUGUUUCUUGAUGGACCCUCAGAUUGGCAAAAGAGUGUGUUUUGUCCAAUUUCCACAAAGAUUCGACGGCAUCGAUAGGCACGAUCGGUAUGCGAACAGAAACACAGUCUUCUUUGAUAUCAACAUGAAAGGUUUAGAUGGAAUCCAAGGGCCAGUGUACGUGGGGACAGGAUGCGUCUUUAGGAGACAAGCUCUCUACGGCUACAACCCUCCGAAAGGACCCAAACGCCCAAAAAUGGUGACCUGCGACUGCUGCCCCUGCUUCGGCCGUCGCAAGAAACUCAAGUACUCCAAAAGUGGAGCAAAUGAGUCGACCGCAGUCGAUGGAGGAGUACUGGACGAGGACAAGGAGCUGUUAAUGUCACAGAUGAACUUUGAGAAGAGAUUUGGGCAGUCAGCAGCGUUUGUCACAUCGACACUGAUGGAGGAAGGUGGAGUGCCUCCCUCGUCCAGCCCAGAAGCCUUGCUCAAAGAAGCCAUUCAUGUCAUCAGCUGCGGCUACGAAGACAAGAGCGAUUGGGGACUAGAGAUUGGCUGGAUCUACGGGUCGAUCACAGAGGACAUCUUGACAGGGUUCAAGAUGCACUGCCGCGGCUGGCGGUCAAUCUACUGCAUGCCGAAGCUGGCGGCGUUCAAAGGUUCGGCUCCGAUCAACCUCUCGGACCGGCUGAACCAGGUGCUGCGGUGGGCGCUUGGGUCGGUGGAGAUUUUCUUCAGUCGCCAUAGCCCAGUGUUGUAUGGCUACAAGAGCGGCCACCUCAAGUGGCUGGAGCGGUUCGCCUACGUCAACACCACCAUCUACCCCUUCACCUCCCUCGCCCUCUUGGCUUACUGCACCCUCCCCGCCGUCUGCCUCCUCACCGACAAGUUCAUAAUGCCGACGAUUAGCACAUUCGCCAGCCUCUUCUUCAUCGCGCUCUUCAUAUCCAUCUUCGCGACGGGCAUCCUGGAGCUGCGGUGGAGCGGGGUCAGCAUCGAGGAGUGGUGGAGGAACGAGCAGUUCUGGGUCAUCGGAGGAAUCUCCGCCCACCUCUUCGCCGUCAUCCAAGGACUGCUCAAGGUGCUCGGCGGGAUCGAUACCAACUUCACCGUCACGUCCAAGGCGACGGACGACGAGGAGUUCGGGGAGCUGUACGCGUUCAAAUGGACGACCCUGCUCAUCCCGCCCACCACCGUACUCAUCAUCAACAUCAUCGGCGUCGUGGCCGGCAUCUCCGACGCCAUCAACAACGGGUACCAGUCGUGGGGCCCGCUCUUCGGGAAGCUUUUCUUCUCCUUCUGGGUGAUCCUCCACCUCUACCCCUUCCUCAAGGGGCUGAUGGGGCGGCAGAACAGGACGCCCACCAUUGUCGUGAUCUGGUCCGUGCUCUUGGCUUCCAUCUUCUCGCUGCUGUGGGUGAGGAUCGACCCCUUCGUCAUCAAGACCAUGGGACCUGAUACCAGAUUGUGUGGAAUCAACUGUUAAUUAAGCUGAAAAAAAAAAUUAAAAGGGAAAAAAUUGAUAGUGUUUGCUAAGCUGCCGCUGUACUCUGUGGAUUUUGUUGUCAAUAUCACUUCAUAUACCAAUAUUUGAUGUGAUUCAAUUGUUGUGAAGAAUCAGUUUAAAUUUUUAUUUUA